AUGCAGUUGUACAUGCUUGCAGAGGGAUUGAAAUCAAGGCUCACCCAGACCGUACGUAAACUACCAGUUGGACCUCCUCUCCCCCCCUCCCAUUCAUGUGAAUUGGCAUCCCAGCGCAGAAGGCACAUAUCCCAGUCGAGCUUCAAAAUGAUGGGUGAUAAUUCUGCUUUAAGAAUGUUCCUUUACUUGGCACUUUUCAUCCAGUGCACAGCUGCUUACUCAUUUAGCCAGUCCAAGAAUACAGAAGAUGAUGGGAACAUCUUUUUUACGCCCAUGCUAAACAAGGAAAGAAAGGGAAGCUAUUUGAAGGGGAUUAGCCAAAACGCUCAUGAGGGUUACAACCCCAGAAAGGAAAGACAUGCCACCAAGAUAAAACAAAAUAUGAACAAGUUAUUUCAAACGUUAUAUCCCAAUGAAGCACAGAUGGAGGAAAGCAAAAGAAAGGAGUUUGAUUGCCAAGGUAGUAACAUGGAGAGUGUGCAUGAUAAGCAGGAAGCCCAGAUUAAUAAUAGAAGUUACGAUGAUGUGGGAGAUGCUACCUACAGUGCAAUGUCAAGGGAGAGUCACGAUGAAGGAAUUCACAACAGCCGACGCAAGGGGAUCUUCCUCAGUGGGAAUGUCCUGAACAGAGAUCUACCCAGCAUCUACCCGGUUGGUCAAAGAGGAGAAACGACUCACCAAAAUUUUACCAAUGUUAGCAAUUUUGGCGGGGAGGAAAAAACGGUUCAGCACCACAGUGGUGAAAAUAUGCAAGACCAGGAGAAGGCCGCUACAAACGAUCAAAGUACAAUGGAAAUUUUAGGAAAAAGUGAAAAGUUAAAAAGUGAGUCCAAAUUUGCCUUUCUAGAUUACCUGAAGGACUUGUUCCAGAAAUCCACAUACGUAAAAAAGUUCCAGAACUUUAUCGAACUUUUUUUUAACAAGUAUGAUCAGCGUGUGUUGGAGUCUACCAUUUUUUUUAAUUUUGACGAAACGUUGUUUUAG